UUAAAGAACGAAGAAGAGAGAAGUAGUUGUCUAUUGUGAUGUACAAUAGAUGGUGGUCUGUGAUUGUGAUAAAAUUGUUUUCUAUUAAUGAGUUUAUUCGAUUAAUUUUUGUCAUUUUAAAUUGUGGUGUUUGAUGCACUUAAACUAUAGACUUUUUAUCAAAAAAUGAAGCUAACAAUGUACGAGGCGGUAGUUAUAUUCGUAUUAUUUCAACUAAGUACACCAAUUGUAAUGCAGAGAAGAAGGAACGAAAUUAUAUCAAGAGAUUGUUCGCUGUACGAGUUUACGAAAACAGCAAAUUGUGUUUCGAACCACAACCGGCUGUUUUGUAAAGGAGGGUUUACAAGCGAGUGGGUUAAUGCGGCAAAGUAUGAAAUAACACAUUUAAAAGUUUUGGAAUGGCCGGGGCCGUGUUUGGACGUGGCGCGAUUGCAGCAUCACUUUCCCGCGUUGCGAGCUCUGGAGAUCGUCAACUGUUCGUUGUUAACGAAGUUCAAAGGACGCUUUGUAGACUCCAGUAAGAUUGAGAAAAUCGGUUUACAUGGAUUGAAUUCUCUUUGGGAAGUUCCUGCAGACCUGGUAUCAAGGAUGUCUGAACUACGGGAGUUGGAUUUAAGAGGCAAUGAAUUGAGACAUAUCCGCGGUGCUAUGAUAACGGGCCCUCCGUUGUUACAGCGGGUUCAUCUUAGCAAUAAUAAAUGGGACUGUAGCGACAGUGGAUUAGACUGGCUGGCAAUAGAACAAGAUAAUAGUACAGUUAAGACACGUAUAGUCGAUUAUUAUCAGUUAAUUUGCAAUCAAAGGCUUUAUAAGGGAAAACCUCUUCAUAAAGUCAUGGAUAUCAUAAAGAUGGUGCGUCAGACAUGUCCGGAGCCGUGUGCUUGCGCGAUGACCCAUGUAGUAUCUGAUUUGGAAGGGGCUGUGAUUCCGAUGAUCACGGUCGACUGCUCCAAUAGACAUUUAGAAGUGCCGCCGGCAACGUUGCCUCCCGGAACUACCACCUUAAGGCUCGAAAAUAAUAAGAUAAAUACUAUAAGAAUGAUAAUCCAGAAUCCCCAAUAUAAGAAGCUUGCUGACUUGUAUCUUGACAAUAACAGUAUAUCUGCAGUUAAAGAGUUGGAAGGUUCAGAAUGGUUUGGUACAUUCCGUGUCCUGAGCUUACGCGGCAAUUUGUUAAAGCAGAUUCCAGUGUACGCAUUCGAUAAGGCGAUACAAGUCAACAAUAAUAUAAUGCACGUAAUGCUUGGCCACAAUCCUUGGAGAUGCGAUUGUCACUUCAUACCAAGGUUCCAAGCUUUGCUGCUCAAAUACAAGAGAGUUAUACGCGACCAACAUGACAUUAAAUGCCCGAAGUCUGACGAUAAAACCAUUUCACUUGUCCAGAUCAGCACAAUAUCCUUAGGCCACGUGUGCAGUAAAGGAGGACAAGUGGAGAUGCCUAUAAGCUAUAUUAAUAUAGUAAAUUUAAUACUCAUGGCCCUUAUAAUGUUAAUUCUCGGUAGAUUUAUUUAUGACUGGCACACAUUCAAAACGACUGGUAAAUUACCUUGGCUGUCUUCAAUAUUACCUUAGAUUAUAUAUAAAGAGAUUCAUUUAUAUUAAAUGAUAUCGGAAUAUAUUAAAAUUCUCAAAGCUGUAGCUGAGAGUAUCUCUCGCAGUUAUUUACGCACAGAUU